AUGGACGUCGUCCAGCAGCAGCUCUUCCGCGAGCUGUGGCCCGAGCUCCAGGAGAGUUUAACGCUGAACACGAGCAUCAACAGUCUGCUGGAUUACCUCAAGACGAAAAACGUCGACAUCUCACCUAACCACUACCAUCUCGUUAAUCAGAAUGUAAUAUCACUCUUUUUACAACUGGGUGAGAUGCUCGGAGGAAAACACGAUGGGUACGACAUUCUUAUCGCGUACGUCAAGAAAGAUUCGUUGCGAUGGCUCUAUGAUAAAUAUACAAAUCAGGAGCGGGAGCAUCAGGCAAAGCAACGCGCAAUUGAAAAAGCCCUCAAGUACGGCAAUGUUCCUAUGGAACCUAUGUUCUACAUUCAGCGACAGAGCAUGAAGUGGAGGAUUGUGAUGCAGAAAAUAAAAUCGCUCGUAUCUGACAUGUCCAACUGGGCAAUCAAUAUCUUCGGGAUGGACGGCAUUGGAAAGACAAAUCUAAUAGCUGCGUGCCUACGAGAACCGGACAUCCUCGCGCAAGCGAAUUAUAAAGUCUACUGGAUCGACCUGAAGCGUUACACCGAGGGCGAGCUGCUCGAUCGGAUGUACAAAUUAUUCCACAAGAUACAGAUUGAUGACGUUACACUAUCCGACUUACCUACGGAGAUGCCUGCGAACGUUGAGUUGAUGAAGGUGCGCUUGCAAAAUGUGUUCACGCGCAGCGGCUAUGACAAGGCGAUCAUUGUCUUGGACAAUGUGGACGUCAACGACGCCAUGCAGAAAGUAAUCGAAUACUUUGGGGUGUGCAGGAUGGUCAUUGUGUCGAGAGAGCGUUUUGUUUUGGAUCACGUGAGACACAUGCCGCUGCAGGACGCUUUCACGACUCGCGAGACGAUGGAAGUGUUUUGCAUGGCGUUGGGUACGACGUACGGCGAUAUGGCGGGUUUGGCGUAUAAUGAACACCUAAGUGCUAUCAUCGAGUGGUGUCGUGGAGACCUGACGACUACGAUUUUGUGCGCGAAAUUAAUGGUUGAACGCAAGUCGAGUUUGACUAACAGGGCAAACAGUGACAGAGUCUGGGAACGAUUCAGACAGGAGCUCUGCAAGAACAAUUCAGAAGUGACAACGAAACGCAACACGACGAUAGAAAUGCGUCUGAGAAGCCUAGACACUGAAAUGUUGGAUCGAUAUAAGAAUUUAGCAGUUUUCGUCAAUGACGUCAACAUAACUCCGCAUGUCUUAUCACUUCUGUGGGGAAUAGUUGAGGUACAGGUGGAGAAGGUAAUGAAGAAUUUGUGCAACAUGUCGUUUGCGGUGAGCGGGUACAAUGAGCAACACGACACGGACGUGUACGGCGUCAACCACAAUUACUUAAAUUAUCUUCGGAUGCACUACGAGCGUUCCUCGUUGAAACUAUUGCACGCGAAUUUGAUUCAGGCUUACAAGGAUAAAUACACGCACUAUCAUAAGUUCGUCAACGACAAUUACAUUUACCAAUAUAUUGGUUACCAUUUGCAAGAGGCAGGGCUUCUCGACGACUUCAAAAUCUACCGCGAUUUGAAAUUUAUUGAGGCGAAGAUUCGCGCUGCUGGUAUCAGAGACAUGCUGCUUGAUUUUGAGAUCUACUUUGAUCAGAUUACCCGACAGGAUGAGAAGCAUGAGAUGAUGCUCGGCGAGUUAAGAGCCUUCGUCGAACGGUUUGGUAUGAAUUUAGAGAAUUAUCCCCAUACCAGCAUUUUGCAGAGCGCGCUGCAACUGCCGAAAGAGAACUUGGUGCAUAGACUGGCUCUUCAGGAGUUAAAAACUUCCGAUCAGUUUGGUUUAUAUUUUGAUUGGUUAUUGCCGAAAAAGAACACGUAUUACAUUCACAACUUGCCAAUCAAAGUAAAGUUGGAGGUUGCUUGCUUCACCUAUGACGAUCCUGCCUAUCUACUAGUUGGGACGGAGGAGGGUGACAUUUUGUUAUUGGAACCGAAGUAUGAAAAUGUGCUACAGGAAUUCAAAGGCCAUAUAAGUCGAAUAACCUAUAUUCGCGCAGCGGAAAACAAGUUUCUUUCAAUUUCGGACGAUGGCAUCCUUAAUGUAUGGAAGUUAGACUACAACUCGCGUCGCAAUAGCGCUGUGUAUAACACUUAUAACGAUAAUGCAAAUCUUCCAUCGCCAGCGCAUGUUAAGCAAAGGAAUCACCAGAAUUUUUUCGGUAACAAUUUUGCUACUGACAACUAUGUGACCUACGAAGCCGCGAAGGACGAUAAGCUUAUCUCCGCGGACUUUAGCCAUGACCUGCUGGUCGCAGGAUCGAGGAACGGAAAGCUAAUGCUGUGGGACGAGAAGAAUCAAACACUCGAAGAGGAUCUUAGUCAUCCCAUCACCGCAGUGCUGUUUUCAAACGAUUUCAACUAUAUCUACGCCGCUCUGAAGACGGAUGUGGUGGUUUAUUCCAAGACGCAACAAGGAUUUAAAUUCAGAUCAAAGUCUUGCUUCGGCACCAGCGGUGGAGAUAUCAUAACAUUACAUACGUUGCCUUCCGACAAUGGCAACGACAAUGUGGAUGAAGUAAUCGUCGUUAUGUUGAAGCAAGUCAUCAUCCACAAUAUUAAAUCUCUGAAGAAAACAAUAAUCAUGACAACUACAGGUGAAUAUACAUGUAGCUCCAUGACAGACCAAUAUUUAGUGAUUGGAUCAACCGAAAAUAAGAUUUACAUGUGGGGUUUCAAUGUGAACAAGAUUGUUGCAAAGUUUGACACCCAGUAUGGUCGCGUGAUUUGCUUGGAUACGAUGACUAACAGUAAUGAUCAUACAAUCGAGAUUUUGCUUACUGGAUAUCAUGAUAGAAGUCUGAAGCUUUGGCAUGUUAAUCCAGAAGAAACUGCGAUUCAAGAGGCUCAAAAUGUGGAUGCUUUUGCGGCGUAUUGGCAGUCCGAUUGCAAGAAAUUUGCCACAGCGAUGAUCCGACAAAAUAAGUUAACUAUUUCCGAUUCUAAUGAUACAUUUGAGGUGGAAACUGUCUGCGAUGUUGUUAAAGUUGUAAACUUUAAAAAUUCGUUUGUCUGUGCGGACAAGAAUGGCAGUGUGCACGUAUGUCAUAAUUGGGGCACAUCGACAAUAAUGAAACUUAAAAAUGAAAUUUCCUACCUGGAGGCUUUGGACAAUAUGGUCGUGGCUGCGACUGCGAGCGGUGUUUUGUUUGUUUAUACAGAUUCCGCGCAUAAAUUGCGAGAUGAAUCCCGGCCUGGUUGGCGUGACGAUAUUUGCUGCAGUUUCAAUGUGCUCAAGAAACUUCUGGUGGUGUCGCAAAGGAAAAUUUCCUAUUGGAAUUAUUGGUUUCUCACCGAGGAGGUCCUCUAUGCGGCCGCGCAAGUUGAAUCCAACUUUAGAGUUGCAUGCGUAUUUGGAGAUGAAAAAUUGUGUGUUACCUUCGAGAAAUCCUUCAAGGUUAUACAUUUUGAUACGACGAUGGAAACUCAACUUAAAAUUAGCAGUUGCUUCGAAAGGAAAACUCAGGAGCCGGUUACUUCAUGCUGUUUUUCGAGCGACGGCAAAUAUUUAGCACUUGGCACUGAAACCGGAGACAUUGAGGUGUUUGACACGGAGCGUUUGGCACUCUCAUCGAUUCUCAAACUGCACAAGUCGCCUGUGCACUUUUUGAAAUUCUCCCAUGAGGUUCCAAUUCUGCUCUCACUUGCUGAGCAGAUGGCUUGGUGGAACGUGAAUCUGGCUGCCAGGGAGUUAGCGCAAAAUCCACCGCGACGUUCCUUCCGCUCACGUUCCAACUCCGGCAAAUCGCCAGGUAAAAAACCACCGCCAUUAGAGAACCUGCUGGCCGAUAUAGACCUCUCCGAUGUGGUGAUGUGGACAAAGCGAGGUCGCUCUGAUAAAGAGUAUUUGCUGGCGGCAAUCAAGUUGCAUGGCCAGUCAGCAUCGCACAUCGCCUGCGCUGAUGGCUUCCGCGCGUUUCUGAGUAUCGACAACUUAGGUAAUUUGUAUAACUUGCGCAUGAUCGAGGAUCCUUGCACCCUCGAAUCGCCGUACGUGUAGCGAAACGCACAAGAGUCGAGUCAGAGCAAUGUAUGACGCAUCCGAGUUCUGCGGAGCGUAGCUCCAGUGCAAUAACUUUUGUGAUUGAUUAACGAACGUGAUAAAAUUUUGAUCUAAUUUCGUUUUAAACUUUAAAUGAUAUAGAAAAUGCUAUAUUUUCGAAUAUUGACAAACAGGCUGUGACGUCACCCAAUCACAAAACGGCACUCAAGUGUAGUUAUAAAUGCGUAACGAUAACGAACAAAAUUUUUAUAUACAUUUAUUUAGAUAAUUUGUUUAGCUGUAGGGCAAUCUCUUACCAGUUUUUGUAAGAUGCGAGUAAUUGUACUCGUCGCAAUUACGUAUUCGUAAUUUACGAAUUGAAACGUAAGAAGUUAGACUCGUGCAAAACGCUCAUGAUGUUGGUUGGUGCAACACGCCGGCUCAUUUAAUGCCAUCUCAUAUGACAAUCACAUUAAUCUGCCAAUCGCAAUCAAUUCUGAUCUCUCUAUUGCCAGGAAUCUUACAACGAACUACUUUAAGACUUUUGAUACUCUAAUGCCCAUGCAACUAACGUAGAACAAAGUUCUGAAGACGUAAAUUAGGUGAACUUUGUCGGUGUCAAUUCGCGUGGGCACUUUUUUUUAUACAAGACAUUAUACAGAUCUCACUUUGACACAACUUUUUGUGCCAUAUUUUGCUAUGAACUGUGAGUAUUAUAUUAACCGUUGCACAUCUUCACACACAAGGCAUUAACUGAGCCGGCAUGAUUUAAUUUUUACUUAUUAAAAUUAAAAGUUUAUUAGGAGCCAAAAUGAUUAAUCAAAUUAAACUUAUAUUGUAUUGUAGUGAAAUUUUCUUAAGCAAUAUUGUUCUUUGUAUGACAUAGCUUUCACUCAUAGACAUUUUAUUUACACGAUUGUUCUGUAAUUUGUUCUCUAUUUUUUUUUUCAAGAUAUCAAAGUAAUUUCUACUAGUCUUAAGCGAAUUUCGACUUUUAUGAAAUCUAAAGUGUUGUACUACAUUUAUUUUUAUUUAUAUUUACGUAUUAUGUUUAUAAUUUAUAUUUUAUGCAUUUGCCAAUUAUGAUACAGUUGAUACAAGCUAUGUGUUGUGUUUAUAGUUCUCCAUCGUUUUAUUUUUGCGUUUUCAUGUUCAAUCCGCCGAAGACUGACAAAAAUAAACGUUAUUUUGAUUAA